AUGGUGCAGGCCCUUGGUGCACAGAUCCAUUUUCUUCACCGGCCGUGCCUCCUGUGUGUCGCCAGGCUGGGUGUCCACCAGGCACUCUUCCUGGCCCAGCCAGAUGUUAGGCAGAGGUGCGGGCUUGGGGAGGCCAAGGUGGAAGUGGUGGUAGCAGGGCUGGGGCUGGACUUCCAGGAGCUGGGGCUGAGUUACCAGGAGCUGGGGGGGUACGCCGAAAUCCCCCAAAGCAGUCCAAAGAACACAACGAGAGUCCUAACAUCCCAGGUGGCGGCGCGCUGGCUCCCUGGAGCGGGGCGGGACGCGGCCGCGCGGACUCACGUGCACAACCGCGCGGGACGGGGCCACGCGGACUCACGUGCACAACCGCGCGGGACGGGGCCACGCGGACUCACGUGCACAACCGCGGGACCCCAGCGCCAGCGGGACCCCAGCGCCAGCGGGACCCCAGCGCCAGCGGGACCCCAGCGCCAGCGGGACCCCAGCGCCAGCGGGACCCCAGCGCCAGCGGGACCCCAGCGCCAGCGGGUCUGUGGCCCAGUGGAGCGAGUGGAGCGCUGGCGACCUGAGCGGAGACUGCGCCCUGGACGCCCCAGCCUAGACGUCAAGUUACAGCCCGCGCAGCAGCAGCAAAGGGGAAGGGGCAGGAGCCGGGCACAGUUGGAUGCGGAGGUCGUGACCCAGGGGAAAGCGUGGGCGGGCGACCCAGGGCAGCUGCGGCGGCGAGGCAGACCUUCGGCCUCCGCCGAGUGCGGUACUGGAGCCUGCCCCGCCAGGGCCCUGGAAUCAGAGAAAGUCGCUCUUUGGCCACCUGAAGCGUCGGAUCCCUACAGUGCCUCCCAGCCUGGGCGGGAGCGGCGGCUGCGUCGCUGAAGGUUGGGGUCCUUGGUGCGAAAGGGAGGCAGCUGCAGCCUCAGCCCCACCCCAGAAGCGGCCUUCGCAUCGCUGCGGUGGGCGUUCUCGGGCUUCGACUUCGCCAGCGCCGCGGGGCAGAGGCACCUGGAGCUCGCAGGGCCCAGACCUGGGUUGGAAAAGCUUCGCUGACUGCAGUUUUGCAACCUAUCCCAGACACACAGAAAGCAAGCAGGACUGGUGGGGAGACGGAGCUUAACAGGAAUAUUUUCCAGCAGUGAGCAGGGGCUGUAUGGGACGCGGGAGGAGCUCAGAGGAGGCGCGGAGAGUGCCCGAGGUUGG